AUGGUCGGACUCACAAAGACACUGCCGGCAUCGUGGUAUCGCAGUCUACCUCUUCUCCAGCUUGAGCGGCGGGCAGUCUUCCUCAAGUCAUGGUACCUGCUGGGACCGGUAACGCGCUUCCAGCUCAUCGGCGAAAAACUAUGCUACGAGAUCGCGCAAGUAAAACUUGUCGCUGUACGAACUUCCAGCGACGCGCGAGGUAUACAGGUCUGGGCCGAGCAAGAUGAGUCCGAGCUGCCACGGCAUUUCACAAGCACCGGCCUGCUUUUCAUCGCCUUGUCGCCAGAAGCGGAGCCCUUCGAAGAGUUCUUUCCAGAAUUGGAAUCAUUGCUAGCAAGAGUGGACUUCACGAAGCUCCCGCAUCGUCGCAGUAUCAGCUACGAAGGCAAGUUCAACUGGAAGACCAUGGUGGACGGCUACCAGGAGUGCCUGCACUGCCAGUACACCCAUCCCUCCUUCUCGAUAUACUACCCGCCGACGUUCUACACGGUCAACAAUCACAAGAAUUUCAGCCAGCAUAUCGCCGACCCGGCGAAGCCAGAUGACGGACUGUUCUUGUAUUUCUUUCCCAACUGCACGCUCAAUGUUUAUGGGGGCGGCAUGAGCUCUUUCCGCGUCUGUCCCACAGAGGACCCCGGAGUCACGCGAAUGGAGUUCGAUUACUACCACCGGGAGGACGGCGAGAAGUUUGAAGAGUACUUCAAAUUUGUACGGCAGGUCGCUAUGGAAGACUUCGACUUGUGCGAGAAGGCCCAGGAGAACCUUGAGAAGGGCAUCUAUACCGAAGGCAUUCUCAAUCCGAACAAGGAGAAUGGUGUUGCCUGUGAGUAA